AUAAGUAAAGAAGAAUCUGCUUAAGCAAAGCUUUGAAAAGAAAAAGAAAAGAAAGCAUUUAUCAUCCAUUCACUUCGCUGUUCUGGAGUUAUAAAAGCAACCUUCUUUAAGUGGUUGACAAUAAAUCAAAUCCCCCUUCUUUCUUCAUCUUCAUCUUCUUCUGCUUCAGAGAAUAUAUAUAAAACUCUUGGGAUUUCUUAGUUCUUAUUAGUUGUUUCAUUCUCGGGGAAAAUAUUCAAAGUCAAAAGAUCAAAUCUUUCAAGGUCCUAAGAAGAUUUCUCUUUAAUCAAACCAUGGUUGGUAUUUUUUCCAGAUUCUCUGUUGGUAGAAACAGCCAUCGACGAACACAAAGUGCAAUCGACGAUAAGGAAGUAUUGGCUCCAAAUUCUGAUGUUACUACAGCAACUACCACAACUGCAACAACUGCUACUCAUGGGAUUGAAGUAGCUACCGAAUUUAAACCGGUGGAACAUCCGGUCGAGCCUUUGGACAAUGAUCAACCGAUUCAAUGUCCAUUGCCUGAACCAUCCAUUCUAAAUGAUGGAAGAAUAUGGAAGGAGAGAGUCUCGGCGUCUAUGAGAACGAAAGGUGAUUUGCAGAUUUUGAAAGAUGAAUCUGCUGCUGCUGAAUCUGAUGGAUCUGCAACAAAACCGCCUCGUCCGAGCCCGUCGAAUCGUUCCAUCUUGCCAUCACUCAGUGCACCUGAACACAACUUGCUUAAUCUAUUAGAAGAAUGCAAUGCGAUGCAGCCGGUAACAUCUACACAACAAAGUUCCCUGUAAAUUUUCAAUAGUUUAUAAGAUUAUCAUCACACCGAUACAAGCUUGUUCCUUCUUGAAUCUAUGUUUUAUUUGCGUGUUUACGCUUUUACUUCUAUGUGUGCAAGAACAAAACCAAAUCAUAGUGUAUGUUAUAUAUAUUAUAUAGGCAAUUAAGGUUCA